AUGAGUCAAUCCACCAUUUCACGUCUGGAACUACUCCAUACGCUGCUUGGUACACCACUACAAGAUGCUGAAGAAGAAACGUUCUUGCUGUUCAGCCAAGACAUCCCGAGCAAUAACUUAGGGUUUGUCGAUGCUGAAGCAGAGACCAUCGAAGUUGAAAUCGCGGGCCAAGAUUACACGUUUCAGCAGUCUCCUGGCCUUCUCAAGUCCAACAGUGUAGGAGGUACAACAGGUGCUGUCUUGUGGAAAGUUACUCCACUCCUAGCUUCGUGGUUGAGUUCCUUUCCAUCAGUACUGACCGACCUCCACACUCUGCAUACGAGCUCGGUGAUUGUCGAACUUGGAUGUGGAUUGACUGGUCUCAUCGGACGUGUCCUGUCCCGAUCUGUGCGGCGUUACGUUCUGACUGAUCAGCCAUUGAUUGUGAAGCAUCUCAAGGCAAAUUUGAUUGAUGGUGCGCUAGCAGAUACCAGUACUUGCACUAAGAGCAAGAAGAAGAGCACGACAACCAAACAGGAUGUGCUGCAAGCGAUGCCUCUAGACUGGGAGAAUGAUGCUGCAACCAAUUUGAAAACUAGUCUCCCGGCCGAUGCAGAGAUUGACCUUCUGAUAUUGUGUGACUGUGUCUACAACGAAUAUCUAGUGAAGCCCCUGGUCCAGACAUGCGUGGACACGUGUAUGCUGGGAUCUGGGGCUGGUGAUAGGAGUCUGCGUGGGAAACAGACCGUGGUUCUAGUGGCACAGCAACUACGGUCAGAUGUCAUCUUCGAAUUGUUUCUAGAAACUAUGAUGGAGAAAUUCGAGAUGUGGCGGGUUCCUGAAGAACGCCUGGCGGUCAAUUUGGCUCCUACUUCAGGCUAUGCUGUCCAUCUGGCAGUUAUGAAGAACGGUAGAGGAGCAAGUCGAUAG